AUGUCAUCGAAAGCUCUUCACAACGAGCACAUUAAGCGACCGAUGAAUGCCUUCAUGGUGUGGUCCAGAGGUCAACGACGGAAGAUGGCCCAGGAGAAUCCCAAGAUGCACAAUUCCGAGAUAUCGAAACGAUUGGGAGCCGAGUGGAAGCUACUGAGUGAAACUGACAAGAGGCCAUUCAUCGACGAGGCAAAACGUUUGAGGACACUGCACAUGAAGGAACACCCGGACUACAAAUAUCGUCCCCGGAGAAAGCCGAAGUCGUUGAUGAAGAAGGAGAACAAGUUUGGAUUCAGUCUGUCUCCACUGUUGUCCCCGCAUAAUGAUUCACUGGGAGGGAUAUCCCGGGGCCUUUUGCCGCCAUCACUGGCACCACCGGCCCAUCAUCAUCUUCUCAGUCAUGACGAUCUCAAGAUCCCCAGGUUCUUUCCUUCAUUUCCGUACUCGCUGUAUCCAGCGAUUCAGCACAAACUUGGAGAUGGCUUGAACGGUGGAAAAUUGGCAGCAGAUCUGACGUUUCAGGCGAUCUAUGGAUCCAGCUCGUUUUACAGUAAUCAUCAUCAGAUGACGGGGUGGCCCCGGCUGACGACAGCCUCUCCAACGUCUUGUGUCCAGGGCAACUGCAGUUGUCCAUCACCUCCUAGCCCAUCCUUAAAUAAGGAUUCGAUAAAGAGACAGUCUUUUCUCCCCCAGAAUCUCAGCAAAAUUCCAACAGAUAACGAAUCUUUUGGGAAUUCCUUCGACGAGGAACGGCGCACGGAAAAUGUCGAUGACUUCUACUAUCGCAAUAAGACCAGUGAAACAAUGACUAUCUAUCCAUCGAUAUCCGUUGUACCAGUCGAGAAGAAUGAUAAAGCCAAAGGACAGGAGAAAAUCUAUUCAUCAAUCUCUCCAACACCUGAACGCAAAGAUACAACACCAACCGCCCACGACAAUUCAUUCUCCGUUCAGAGUUUAACGUCAUCAUCCUCAUCACCAGCUUCCUCGUGCUCACCAACAAUAACAGCGACUCGUAGUCAUGUUAUUUGAAGACCACUUCCGGUUCUCCCAGAUAUCAAUUUUCGGGGGAACCUCGUUUCAAACUGCUGGACAACACCACCCGAUUGGUGGAGAGUCGAGCCAAUUCUAUCGCCAAUUAACCGUCCGGUCAAUUUCACGGCUACAAGCAGUAGUUUGAAUGGGCAGGUAGAUGUCAUCGAUGAUGAGCGAUAAUUCUCGAGGUGAUUUUUAUGAUUAUGUUCUCCCAAUUCUUGUCUCAGUGGUGGAUUCACAGAGAAAAAUAACUUCACGUUGGAUUGAAGAGGAAUCGAUCAACUGACGGUGCUGUAUUUUUAUUGAAAAUUCAUUACUCUAAUCACUUGAACUGAUAGAGUUCUGUCGAGUCUUGAUAGUGAAAUGUAGUCAAUGCUAAUUAGUUUGAGGAGGAGAUAAAACCGAAUGUCGUGAGGAUUUUUUUUUUCCACGAAUGAAGAUAUCAGAAUAUAGACGUAUUGUAAUCAAGUCGGAAUAUUUUUGUCGAAUCUUCCGUGAAUUAUACAUAUCUGCAUGUAUAUACUACGAUAAAUUAUUAAUCCGUAAUCAUAAGUCUCGAGUACUCAAUCCAUUCUAUAACUAGUCAUAAAUUCCUCAAUUACCGAACACGACUGAUACUUUACGUUGUCCAUGUAAAUGACUUUUUAAAAAAAUGUUGUAGCCUCAAUGUACUUUCAAUUAAUCCAUGUACAUUACCUAGCUUUAAUUAAUAAUAAAGUACGAACAAUCACCUGGAGCUCUCAUUACUUUGUUACGUUUUGUUAA